AGUUACCCGUUACAGCAAACAGAUUCCAAAAACCCAAUUUUCCUUUUUGGGCAAAUCCAAAUCCAAGUUACCGAUGGUAAUAAACCUGCUUCUUUUGGGAGCCGGAGGAUGUCCCCGUGCAACCUCAAAACAACAAAAGAACACAGCAGCCAGCACACCCUCUUAAACCCACUACUGCACCCUGCGCGAUCCUAGCUCCUCAGAUUCUCAAUCUCAAAGUUCUCAGCUUUUCCCUCAAGAAGCGUUUCUCUUGUGCGUGCUUUUCGUCUCUUUUUCUGCUUGCUUUUCGAUCCAUGGAGGCUUUUUCGAGCACGGUGUUCGUGUCCCGAGUCCCCGAGACAUGCCCAGUUCUGAGCAGCCCCGUUUGUUCGAUCAAGUCGCCCAACCAGCGAAUUGGGUGUCUCCGGAUGAUCGAAAGUAGUCACUUUGGCGGGCUCAGAGCUUGCGCCUGGACGUCCCAAGGGCUCGGCGAGGGCGAGGGCGAGGAGGAUAGGCCGUCGGAUAAUGGGAUCGAUUUGAUGUCCGAGGAUGCUGUCUCUCCUUCCCAGGGUGAUGUGAGGCUGAACCAACACAGUGAAAUGAAUGUGGAUAAGACAGUAGAGAAUGAGAUGCCUCUUUCAGUCCCAUAUGGAAGCGGCACGAGAGCUGGGCUUUUCAGAACACCAAUAUCUGGUGGGGUCCAAAGUGCAACCUCGGCUCAUGGUUUACCUCGGCCAGCAUUGGCAGUUCGCAAUCUGAUGGAGCAGGCCAGAUUUGCUCAUUUGUGCACCGUAAUGUCUCGGAUGCAUCAUCGACGGGAAGGAUACCCAUUUGGUUCGCUGGUGGAUUUUGCACCCGAUCACAUGGGCCACCCUAUAUUUUCGUUUUCACCCUUGGCAAUCCACACAAGGAACUUAUUGGCUGACCCUAGAUGCACCCUAGUUGUGCAAAUACCUGGAUGGAGUAGCUUGUCAAAUGCGAGGGUGACCAUUUUUGGUGAUGUUUAUCCCCUUCCAGAAGACCAGCAGGAAUGGGCGCAUAAGCAAUACAUGGCUAAACAUCAGCAAGGGCCUUCCCAGCAGUGGGGGAAUUUCUACUAUUUUAGAAUGCAGAACAUCAGUGACAUAUACUUUAUUGGAGGCUUUGGCACUGUUGCUUGGGUUGAUGUCAAGGAGUACGAGUCCUUAGAACCUGAUAAAAUUGCAGUUGAUGGAGGCGAGCAAAAUCUAAAGGAACUCAAUGCAAUAUUUUCUAAGCCCUUAAAAAGGCUUCUGUCGACCGAAGGUGAGGUAGACGAUGCUGCUCUUAUAUCAAUAGACAGCAAGGGAACUGAUAUUCGUGUCCGGCAAGGUGCACAGUUCUUUUUCUGCAGUUUAAUAUACAGAGGAUAUCAUUUGAUGAAGGGCAUGCUGUCGAAACCUUGGAGGAAGCUAAGGCUGCCCUUUGGAAGCUAAUCAAUAAGGGUAAAGUGCCAUAUUUGCAGAAAUAGAAGACAGGGGUUGAUGUCAACACAAUCUUGAUUUUUCAGGACCUUGUUCACCAGAGAGGUGAUUAGAAGCGAGUGAUGGAUGACAGAGCUACCGAGCCAAUCAUUGCAUCAUUCUUGAAGUUUUGCUGUACUUUGAAUGUGUUUGUAUAAAUUAGGACAUGAGAGUAAAAUAAUUAGGCACUCUCGCUACUUCAAAUAACAUAGCUUGUUCUUAGCUUCUUGGCAAUUGUUUGAUUCUCGGUAAAUUAAUGUUGUAUUUUUAGUUUCUCUUGCGGGAUCAAACUCUCAGAUCCGAGUAUUGACCUAUACCCCGCUCUUAUCUGCUGCGCGCCAUCAUACUCUUUUGGCAGUGA